AUGGGGUGCUCCUGUUUUGUUUGUGAAAAGAAGGAUGGUAGCAUGAGACUUUGCAUUGACUAUCGAGAGCUGAAUAAGGUGACGGUGCGUAAUCGGUGUCCUUUACCGCGUAUUGAUGACCUUUUCGAUCAAUUAAAGGGAGCCCAAGUUUUCUCUAAGAUUGAUCUUAGGUCUGGCUAUCACCAAUUGAAGAUUAAGGUGGCGGAUGUCCCUAACUCAGCUUUUCGAACUAGGUAUGGGCAUUACGAGUUUCUUGUUAUGCCAUUUUGUUUAAGUAAUGCACCAGCUGUUUUCAUGGAUUUGAUGAAUAAGGUGUUUAAGGAUUAUCUGGAUAAGUUUGUAGUGGUCUUUAUAGAUGAUAUCUUGGUGUACUCUAAGAGUAUGGAGGAGCAUGGAGAGCAUUUGAGGUUAGUAUUGCAAAUUUUUAGAGAAAAGAAGUUGUAUGCUAAGUUUAAGAAGUGUGAGUUCUGGUUGGAUGGUGUGGCAUUUCUUGAACAUGUAGUGUCGAAAGAUGGAAUCUCAGUAGAUCCUGAAAAAGUGAAGGCAAUUGUAGAAUGGAGUCGACCUACAAAUGCUACUGAAGUUAGAAGCUUCCUUGGGUUGGCUGGUUACUAUCGGAGGUUUGUGGAGGGAUUUUCUAGUAUUGCAAUGCCGAUGACUAAAUUGACCAGAAAAGGUGCUAAGUUUGAGUGGACUAAGGAAUGUGAGAAAAGUUUCAAAAAGUUGAAAGAACGUCUCACUUCAGCUAGUGUUUUAACCGUUCCUGAUGGGAGUGGAGGAUUCACUAUCUAUAGUGAUGCUUUGAAGAAAGGUUUGGAUUGUGUCUUAAUGCAAAAUGGGAAAGUUGUGGCUUAUGCUUCAAGGAAGCUUAAACCUUAUGAGCGGAAUUAUCCUACACAUGACCUGGAGCUCGCAGUAGUGGUGUUUGCACUCAAAUCUGGAGGCACUACUUGUAUGGACUAUGAUUUAACUAUAAGUUAUCAUCCGGGAAAGGCAAAUGUUGUGGCUGAUGCGUUGAGUAGGAAGAAUCAUGGCAAUCUUGCAGCUCUUCUUACUUCUCAAAGGUCCAUUUUGGAUGAUUUGAGGAUGAUGGAGAUUGGAGUUAGGAAACAUGGCACUGAAGGGAUGUUGGCUAGUUUGAGAAUUCAACCUACGUUGAUUGAGAGGAUUAAGGAGGGACAAUUGGUUGAUUCAACACUUCAAAAGGUCCGAGCUAAUAUUGAAACAAGUGCUCCGUCUGAUUUUAGAAUCCAUGAUGAUGGUUCAUUGAGAUUUGGUGAUAGGUUAUGUGUUCCUAAUGAUGUGGAAAUAAAGAAAGUGAUUUUGGAUGAAGCACAUUAUUCUGGAUAUACUGUGCAUCCUGGUUGGACUAAGAUGUAUAGGGAUUUGAAGGAGACUUACUGGUGGAACAAUAAGAAGAGGGAGAUUGGUGAAUUUGUAGCACAAUGCAUUGUAUACCAACAGGUGAAAGUGGAACAUCAAAGGCCAGCUGGACAGUUACAGCCACUUCCAAUACUAGAAUGGAAGUGGGAGCACAUCACAAUGGACUUUGUUUCUAGGUUACCUAGAUCACCUCGAAGCCAUGAGUCAGUAUGGGUAAUUGUUGAUAGAUUAACAAAGUCUGCUCACUUCAUAGCUUUGAAGGUUGGUUAUUCAUUGGAGAAGUUUGUUGCUUCGUAUGUUCGAGAGAUUGUUAGGUUGCAUGGAGUGCCGGUGUCAAUUGUUUCUGAUCGCGAUUCGAGAUUUGUGGCUGAGUUUUGGGGAAGUCUUCAUAAGGCCUUAGGUACGAAGUUGAACUUUAGCACUGCUUUUCAUCCCCAAACUGAUGCACAAUCAGAGAGAACCAUUCAGAUUCUCGAAGAUAUGUUGAGGGCAUGUGCCAUUGAUAUGAAGGGUGCUUGGGAUGACCACUUACCUUUAGUAGAGUUUGCUUAUAACAAUAGUUAUAAGGCGAGUAUCCAGAUGGCUCCAUACGAAGCUUUGUAUGGGAGGAAGUGUAGAUCGCAAGUGUGUUGGGAUGAGGUAGGUAAAAGAAAGCUUUUAGGCCCAGAAAUUGUCCAACAAACAUUUGACAAGAUUCAAUUGAUCAGAGAAUGUCUCCGAACUGCUCAGAGUCGACAAAAGAGUUAUGCAGAUGUUAGACGAAGGACAUUGAAGUUUGAUGUGGGAGAUCAUGUAUUCUUGAAAGUUUCACCAACCAAGGGAGUGAUGAGAUUUGGAGUACGUGGGAAGUUAAACCCUAGGUUUAUUGGCCCUUUUGAGAUUUUGGAGAAAGUUGGAGAAGUGGCCUACUGGCUAGCUUUGCCUCCAUCAUUGUCCGAUGUGCAUAAUAUGUUCCAUGUGUCGUUGUUGAGAAAGUUUACUCCUGAUCCUAAUCAUGUGAUUGAAUUGGCACCUUUACCGCUUAGGGAAGACUUAUCUUACGAUGAACAACCAAUUAAGAUAGUUGAUCAUAAGGAGCAAGUUUUGAGAAGGCGGACCAUUCCAUACAUGAAAGUGUAA